UGGUUGCCUCAGCGUCAGCAGCGAUUUGAAACCUUGUUGGCUCGCCUUACAGCAUCUGCAAAUCUUCCCCAUUCAUGGGUUGAAGAUUCAGAGUGGAAGCAAUUCCUUUCUGAGUUUGUUCCUGGCGCACGCCCCUUCUCUCGGAAGACACUUACAAACCGCCUCAUUCCAUCAGCCUUGAGUGUCCUCAGAGCAGAAUCACGUGCCAAAGUUGUGGGCAGGGUUGUAACACUUCAUACCGAUGGCUGGUCAGCUUCAAAUUUCCACCACUUCCAAGGGUUCUCAAUAACUGCGGAGCGACGAUCUCUUCCAGUUUCUCUCAAAGACACUACGGCAGAGCGCAAGACUGCGGAACUACUACUGGUUCAUAUCCGAGCUGUGAUUCGGGAAGUCACCAACAACACGCCAGCUAGCUGGAGAGCAUGCCUUAUAGCCUUUGUCACAGAUAAUAGUGGCGAGUCUUUAUCUGCUUGCAACACCAUUGCUGUGGAGUUUCCAGGAAUUCUGUGCUUUCCCUGCUACGCCCACCAG